UGCCCGCCGCUUUACUGGUUCUUUCAUCCUCGGCACAGACUGCGCAUGCGUGAUCAUUCAGCAACGUUCUGUCUCAGAAAGACGCUAGUGCUCCGGAGCGUCGGCAUCAGGCAUGACUGAACAACGAAAAGUUGGACACACGCCUCCCGUCUUUGCCUUCAUCGAAGAAGCAACCCCGGGUACAAGCCGUGAAGGCGGCGAGGGAGCCUCAGGCACUUGCGACGAUUACCCUGCGUAUAUUGACGAGUACAUCAAUGACGCGUUGAAGGCGCUGAACCGCCAGACCGAUGCCAGUGACGUCAAUGAUGCCACUGACAGCGGAAGCACCAACUACGCACCUGUUGUGUCCACCGCUAGUGCCGAUCACGCCUGGCCCAGAACGAGCCAUGCUGGCAUCGAGAAACUAUCGUCUACUACGAAAGACACCGCGAGUAUUUCUGACGACGCCUGGCGUUACCAAUGUAACACUCAGCACAGGCCAACAACCGACGGGACUUACCACGUCGACGGCAUCACUGACAAUGGUAGCGCUAGUUACCUGCACCAGGGGUUCAGCAGCAGCAUUUAUCACGCAACGCACAGCACAAACCGCACAUGCAUGGAGCAAGCAUCAGCAAUUAUAGAAGGCGGCACCAGAAUUCCUGAAGCCACCGGUGUUGACCAAUGGAACACGCAGUACCACCUGGCUGAUAGCUCGUAUGCCAUGCCUCACAGUCAAGGGCAUACAAGCAACACAGAAACCGGAAGCACUGGUUCCACACUUCCGGUCUACAGCAGCAGUGGUGGUGCGGACAACCCAGUGGCCAGUACAAGCUAUGCGCGCACGGAGGAACCAUCGGACAUUUUUGGAAAUGACGCUUGGAAUACUACUGGAACAGGAGGAAGGGAAGAGCAAGCAUUCUGCGACGUCUGUGGCAACGCUUCCAGCAGACAGGAUGACUUAUACGGGCACGCCAGCGAACACGCCGGCGAUACAGCCCACACUUGCAAAGCAUGUGAUCUAACGUCUGUGAAAAAUUCGAAGUUCUUAAAACACUGCCGGUAUACAACAGGCAGAAACCACAAAUGCGCAACCUGUGGCAAAUUGUUCAGCAAAGCUAGUGAUCUAGUUGUACAUUGCCGCAUCCACACAGGCGAAAAGCCUCACAAAUGCGAAAUAUGUGAAAAAUCGUUUCGGCAGUAUUGUCAUCUAGCUUUCCAUAAGCUCACACAUACAGACGAGAGACCAUACAAAUGCCGUAUUUGUGACAAAUCAUUCCGGCGGUCCAGUCAUCUAGAUGACCAUAAGCGCACGCAUACAGGCGAGAAACCCUACCUUUGCGAAACGUGUGGUAAAUCAUUCGCUUAUGCGACGACACUCUCUCGACAUCAGCGCACUCACACAGACAAGAAAUCCCCAUGCCUGCGUGAAAUAUAGUAAAAGAUUUUAACCAAAUAUGAACUCAAGAGGCAUCUCAACUCGCAUAGUAGGGACACAGCUUUCCUUUGUGAAAUACCUAAUCGAUCCUUCAGGAAAAGCCCAGGACUCCGUAGUCACCGCGAACGUAUGCACGGGGAUAAAACGCCGUGUGAGUAAAUGUAGAGUGGAUUUCAUUUGCAGAGAAUUAAACCAUCGAUGGACAUCUGUGUCAGAAUAAUACGUGCUACUUAUGUGGAAAUUCAUUCGGAGGCGAAGUUAAACUGCUUACACACCUCGUUACCCAUAGGAGUACGCAGCCGUAAUAUUCUGACUGGUGCGCGAAUCAAUCACCCGCGGCUUUUGUUUAACAACGUGAGAGUGAAGCCGUGCAUUGAAACAACGCUGACAUUCUUUCACAGGAAUCAGCAUCUAACCAAAGUCAUCGUGCGCAGAGCCCGGCUUCUUUCGACGUUUAAGAAGGGCUGAGUAAAGUGCUGGAUGUGAAUAAUGGCCCCCUGGUUUCUCGAAACUACGAGACAAGACUUCGUCACCAGAAGUAUUCGGGGCGCUUCAAUGUCGAAGUAUACUGCAGUUCCUGGGCAGCGCUUACUGUUUGCAUAACUGCAUGUGUUGUUCGCGAACGCAGCUUUAGCAAACUUAUGUCGACACAAACCAUCAUGAGCUGCAAGUUUGGGUUUUGUUUAAGUAGAAGUUCGAAAUGCCCGCAAAAGAUUCUUGACUCCCCGUUUCCUUAGAGAAGUUUUACUUUUGCAGGCAUUUUGACAGUGGGCUAGUAAGCUAGCUCUAAUGGACCCUCUGCUUCAUGAUUUUGCAGUGUGAAUAGAAGGGAACAUCUCUUAUUGAAAAGCAUUAAAAAAAUUAGGCACAGUUUUCUUCGCAACUCACAAGUAAUCUCUUUCAUUAAAUAAGGUCCUUACGCCCUCUUGCGUUCCAGAGAUAGUUUUUACGGCAAUAUAUAAGCACACAUUUGUAACACUUGCAAAACUUAUUUGCUUUAAAAUUUAUUAUAUGCAUUGACUUUUUGGUUCUCUUUGGCUCGUGCAUUCCUACCGAAAAUCAUUGUUGUAUACCAUAAACUAAGCUGAUGAAUGUAGCGAGACUGUAUUAUAUUUAAAUGAUUUGAAGCUCCACUGUGUCGUAUGUCCUCUCACUACGAAAAUUUUUAGUUUUAUUGUGUUUCAAGUUUUAAAGGGCCGUCUUUUCUCGACUGGGAAGCCGUCUGGUAUGACUCGCCCUGUUCUCUAGCUACAGCUGUAGAACCUUUUUAUCCUUAUGUGACAAACGCAUCUGUGCAAGCAAUGACAGGAAAACUGAGAUAGUUUUAAGGCAUAUUGACGCGCGUACUUGCAUAUAUUCUUCCCGUGAAUGCGUUUCACCAGCUAAAAAAUGUUAAGUUAAAGCUCAGCGCAUGACGCUCCAGCGUGUAUCAGAACAUUGUCAUUCUCGUUGCAUAUAUAUUUUUGUCUGCGUUGUAGUCAAGCCUUGUGUUAUCAAUUUGCAUGCUUAACGCGAAUACAUUUGCGCACUCUGGAAGGCAUGCAAGCACCAACGAUUACGCUGGAAUCUUCAAUAAAUCAUGUGGGAAGAUGCGAGACGCUUGUUAGCCGUAAAUCACUUCCUGGACGAUCGACACAUGUGCUCAGAACUAUCUUUUCGCCCGAGUGUAACUUGUUCUGCGAGUUCAGGUUUCCCAAAUAAAGUGU